AUGAUGCCAGCCUCCGCGCCGCACACGUUAGUGCAUUCGCCUGCGCCACUCCCCACGUCGUCCCACGGGGCAACCGUCCGCCCGCGCUUCCGCAUUGCAGCAUGCCCCUUGCCAACAUCACUCCGCGCAAAUGCUCUCUUUCGCCCGCCAGAUGCGAUCUCGCUCCACGCGAGCGCGAGCGCGGAUAACCGUUGGCGGAACCGCUUGAGGCGGGAGAGGAGGGAAUGGCGGAAGCUCCGCGCUCAAGCCGACGACUCCACUGGAAGGGCGCAGGCAGAUGAUCGAGCUUCCGCACAGCCGCCCGUUGGCGCGGAAAGGGCGGAGACGACGGCGCAGGUGGCGGAGGCACAGCGCGCGGAGGAGCCCGCGGAGGCGAACAGCGCGGUGUCCACUCUCGUGACGCUCUUCCCCCUGUGGGUCGCACUCGCGUGUGCUGCCGCCCUCCGAUGGCCGGCACAUUUUGUCGUUUUCCAGGGCAGCCGCUUUGUAGUGGGCGGGCUUGCGCUCACAAUGCUGAGUGAGUGGACGGCAGG